UCGCGGAGGAGUUUGUUGAUAAAAAGUUUGUUGUGCUUAAAAAGUGAAAAAUAACGGCAGAGCAUGGAUGCCGAGGACAAUCGUGGAUUGUUGGAUUUGUCGAAAAAGUCCCUGAAGAAGGUACCAAAGCAGGAUGACGCCCAAAAUGUCCGGCACUUGAUUCUGGAUGACAAUGAGCUGCAGAAGAUUGACAAUAUAGAUUCAUAUUUGAGAAUUGAGAAGCUCUCACUGUGCAGAAAUCAACUUCUGAGGAUGUACGGCGUGUGUCGCCUGCAUUGCCUGAGAGAACUCAAUCUCUCCUACAAUGGCAUCCUGACAAUUGAAGGCCUCAAGGAGCUUGCGCAGUUGAUACAUCUGAACCUUCAGGGCAAUCACAUCAAGAGCAUUGAGCACUUGAACACAAAUACCCGCCUUGAGCAUCUCAAUUUGGCAGAAAACAGCAUUGGCAGCGUCUCGGACAUUUCCUUCCUCCGAAAUCUCAAGGAACUCUUCCUCAACGGCAAUCGAAUCUCUCACCUGAGGCAGUGUGAUAAGUAUCUGCCCGCGAGCCUAGAAACUCUCACUCUUGCCAAGAAUAACAUCAACGAUCUCAAUGAGAUCUCCACCCUUUCCGGGCUCUGCAAUCUCCAUAGCAUCUCAAUUUCUGACAAUCCCUGUGUCCAGAUGACUGGAUCAUCUGUGGGAUUUGACUACAGACCCUUUGUCUUGAAUUGGUGCAUGAGUGUCAAGCUGAUCGAUGGCUUCGUUGUGACGCCCAUUGAGAGCCUCAAAGCCGAAUGGCUGUACAGUCAGGGACGUGGGAGGCAAUUCCGGGUAGGUGAGCAACAGACUCUAGUGCGAUAUCUGGCCAGUGUCUGCCCGCUCAGCGGGGAGACGCUGGAGAGUGAGAAGGAACGGAAACUGCGGCUGAUUCUGAGCAAAGCUCAGCAGCAUCAGCGACAAUUGGCCGAAGAGAUCUCCAGCAAUGAGCAUUCCAGCAACAAUUCCCCAUCCUCAGGACGUCGGAAGGGAGUGUCCAGCAGAAUCCAAUCACCAAGAUUCAACUCUAGACUCGCGGGAGUCCGUCAGGGUUCUCCGGAUUCUAUGUCAAACAGCUACCAUGGCAACACGUCAACAAAUCCCAGUCAAGGUGAUCCCUACGCCUCAACCAAUCAGCUGCUGCAGAUGACAACGUCCCUCAUUGAGAACAUCAAGAACGAAAGCCUCAUGACCCAGAGUCUCGAUCCCCAGGUCCUCAGCAACAACGUGAAGAAUGUGGAGAACUCAAGUGCCAGGAGUCCUCAACCUACCCACUACAACGGUGAGAAGACCCUUUCUUCGAACUUUUCAGGCCAACAGCCCCACAUGACGCCCACUGGAGGUCUCCUAGCGGCUGCCUCCAAGAUGAUGCCAGUGCCAGAGUCUCUCAUGAGCCCAGACUGCUUUCCAUCGACCCAGCUCGUGCAGAAAGUCAUCCUGCAGCCGUCGAAUGCGAAAUACUCCACAAAAACCAAAGACAAAUCAGCCUCACCGAAAAUGGGCAAAAGUAGCCCUCAUAUGCGCAGGAAUGAGAAGAGCCCAGUACUGAGCCCUAGAAAAACAGUUACGGCGAAUGUGGGAAAGGCGACUGGAGGAGUUGAGGCCAAAACCAAAGUUGGAGCUAUUGUGAGUGUUCCGGUGGAAGUGAACAGCAGCACUGUGAGCUCCGAUGAGGACAGUGACCACAUCAACAUGGACAAACUAAAAACGAUUCGCAACAAAGCAGCUGAGAGGGCCCAUAAACAAACUCAACCCCUUCCGGAAGCCCCUGUAAUCCCCUCGAAAGAAACCGAGACUUCCGCGAUAAUCAUCCAAAAGCUCUGGCGAGGCUACCGCGCCCGGAAACGAACAAAAAGUGUCGCGGAGAAGCUUCAACGGAAACGAACUCAAGACUACAUCAAGAAACUGACCACGGACAUGGAAGUGACAAAGGAGGCGUUGGAGAAUGAACGGAAGAUCCAACAGCUGCAAAUGCAGGCCAUCAGUGCACUGUGGAAGAAAGUGUCUGCAAUGCAGGGUGGCCAGGCGAGCAGCAGCAGUGGCAGUGGGCAGGAGAGUGGACAGAUUGAGGGAGGAGGAGGAGUGUCUGUGGUUCAGGAUCUGGCCAAAACGUGCUCCAUGCUGACGAGUCAGGUGCAGCAAUUGCAGGGCAGUAUGCGAGACAUUGUCAAUUGUAUGACAAUGUUCUGCAAUCUGCCCCAGGGAACAAUGGCAGCAGGAAGUCAGCCAAUUGGGCCAGAAAUGCGAGAUUGUUCAGGGACUCAGACGGAGAUUGUUGCUGUUCAUACGCCUCAAGUUGAAAAUCCACCAUUUCCAUUCGGCAGUGGACAUCCGCAGAGGGUAUCAAGGCCAUCGACUCUGCCCCUGGAAACUCCAGAAACUUCCCAUGCGGCCGUGGAGGCUCUCGAAGAGGACAUUCCAGAUGCCGUGGAAGCCAAGGAUGAACAACAAAUUGAUGCAGCGGAAACCAAAGAAUGAACACAAAUCCAACUUUUCUGUUCCCCCCAAAAAAUCAUGGACACUUUAGAAUUUCUUCCCCACCGUUUAAAUUCCUCACGACAUUUUUUCUAGGCUUUCAGUGUCCUCUUCCCCAAAAUCCUCCCAAAUGACACAUUUCCCUUCUUUUCCAAAUUAAAAAAAAAAGAAUGAGAAAAAAUCCCAGAUAGUGUUCAAAAUAGUGUUGAAUGUUUUCAUUUCUUUAGCUUUACACUAGGCAACAAAAAGGUAGGUGCAGAAAUUAAAAUGGGUAAGUUUGAAUAUUUAAUGGAGCCUUUUAGAUAAAUAUUGUGCAGAGAAAAGUUGUGGAAAAUUCCAAAACCUUUCCAAAAAGCCCAAAUUUAUUCAAAACUACCAAUUAUUUUGGCAGCUAUGGCAAUUUCAGUUCAAAAAACUGAAAAA